CGCCAAUUUUUAUUUUGAAGCAUGACAGUCAUGAUGUCAAACUAGGAAGAAGAAAGAAAAACAUGGAGUUUCUUAAAGAUCUAGCGGCCUCUUUAAGAAGUGCAAGGACUGUAGAAUUACCCAAAGAUGAUAAAUCUGCAUUUUAUAUGCUGAUGUCCAUGGUUAUAGCCAAUCAACACAGAUCUGUAUCAGAAUUAUUGUCCACCUCCAAAUUUGACAUCAACUUUGCACCAGGGAGAGGACAUAGAAAUCUUCUUCACAUUGCUGCCAACUGUGGUUCGUACGAGUGCUUGAUGAUCCUGCUGAAGAAGGGUGUAAACAUCAAUCUCCAGGACAUGUCUGGCUGUACGCCAUUACAUCUGGCUGCCAGAAAUGGACAGAAGAGGUGCAUUAACAAACUGCUGGAGUACAAGGCAGAUGUCAACAUCAGAAACAAUGAAGGAUUGACUACAAUUCACUGGCUGGCUGUCAAUGGUCGUACAGAGGUCUUACAUGACCUGUUCGCAUAUGUCCCAGAUGUUGAUGUAGAGGAUGCCCAAGGACAAACUGCAUUACACGUAGCCUGUCAAAAUGGCCACAAGUCAACUGUAGUGUGUUUAUUGGAUCAUGGAGCAGAUGUCAACAGACCGAAUCACAACGGAUGGACUCCUAUACACUUCGCAUGCAGUCACGGCCAGCACGACACUGCUGACAUUUUGCUGAGGAGGGGCUCUAGGUUUAAUGGGGACAACUUUGGGAAAACCCCUAUGGAUCUCUGUUUAGAGGGAGGUUACAGUGAGACGUGCAGCUGUCUUCUAGACCAUAUGCCAAAGUUGGUGGAACAGCUUGUCACCAGCGUCAGAAGUGAGAAGAUUAAAGAGGCUGAGUAUUUGAAAGUUCUGAUCCACGUCAGUUCUCGUGGAAAUGGCUGGGCUGAUAUACUUCUGACUAGACUGUCAGAGGAGGCCUCCACAAUAGGUCACAGCUUACUGAGUGUUUCCAGCAACAUAAAGACCCAAGUGUCAUGUCUCCUGAAAAGUGUAAGAGUAUUGUGUAAAUUAUAUUCCCACAUCUACCAAUCAGCAUCUACCUUGUCAAACUCCAACCAGUCAAAUACCCUGAAAGGAGUUACAAGGGUGUCACCCAAAGCUGUUGAAGUAUUUGGACCACUUGAAAUGUUAUGGCAGCUACUAGCAGAUUGGCUCUGUCUUUUGAAAUUGGAAUUCAAUAAGGAGGACAAUUCUGUAUCAGAGAAAGGUCAAACAGGAGAGUCUGUCUCAAAGCAACACACUCAGUCUGAGAAUGAUCAGAAUGAGAGUCAGUCAGUUCCUGAGUGCAAUACGGAGGUGAAUCGUAAAUCAUGUGAUGAAGAGAAGAUCCUGAAAAGUCUGUGCAUGGAUCAGGAUGUGGUGGGGGUUAUAUUGCCCAGGAUUUGUGGGAUCAUCCAUGCGUUUUAUGUCUGUUGCACCUGUCAACAUGGACAUCCUCAAAUGACGUCCCCGAGAUUUAUAGAAUUUGUAUGUCAACAUAACAGGGAGCUGAAACUUCUUGUUGAAAGAAACCCAGAAGUUAUUUUUGACCACUUUCACUUUCUGUUGGAAUGUCCAGAGUUGAUGUCUCAGUUCCAUCACAUCAUUAGAGCACAGCCUUUUGAAUCCAGAAGAGGAUGGUUCUACAAUAAUUUGGACAGAGAGGGAUCGAGUGGGGAAAUCAUUCAUUCUCCUCCUUCUGAAGACGAGGUUCUGGUGAUAAGUAGAGAAAGAAUGUUCCACAGCAGCUGUGAAAGUAUGAUUAAACAGCCUCUGAACAGACUGAAGAAAGGACUGGCCAUCAGGUUCCAAGGAGAAGAAGGAAUGGGGUCGGGUGUUGUACGAGAGUGGUUUGACGUUUUGUCCAGGGAAAUUCUCAAUCCAGAUUAUGCCUUGUUUACUCAGUCUGCUGAUGGCUGUACUUUCCAGCCCAACAGUAACUCGGCCAUUAACCCAGACCAUCUGAAUUAUUUCCGGUUUGCUGGACAGACACUUGGACUAGCUCUCUAUCAUCAACAUCUCCUCAGCGUUUACUUCACAAGAUCUUUCUACAAACACAUACUUGGUAUCCCUGUAAAUUACACAGAUGUGGUUUCUAUAGACCCAGAGUAUGCUAAAAACCUACAGUGGACUCUGGAUCACAAUAUUGAGAACAUUGGGCUUGACCUAACAUUCUCCGUGGAGACGGAUGUGUUUGGAGCUAUGCAAGAAGUGGAACUAAAACCAGGAGGUGCCAGAAUACCAGUCACAGAGAAAAAUAAGCAAGAGUACGUCCAGCUAGUGACGGAGCUUCGGAUGACUCGAGCCAUCCAGCCCCAGAUAGACAGCUUCCUGUCAGGAUUUCACGAGUUUAUACCUCAGGCUCUUGUCCAGAUGUUUGACGAAUAUGAACUGGAGCUGAUGUUGUCAGGAUUGCCAGAAAUCAACAUUGCGGACUGGAGGAAGUACACAGAGUAUAGCGGAUAUGAUGAAAACUCUCCUCAGAUACAGUGGUUUUGGGAAGUGGUGGAGGGGUUCAAUCAGCAAGACAGGGUCCUACUGCUGCAGUUCUCUACAGGAAGCUCUCGUGUUCCGUUUGGCGGGUUUUCUAAUCUUGGUGGUGGAGGGGGACCACAAAAGUUCACUAUCAGCCAUGUCACCUACCAAGCUCAGCUCCUUCCCACGGCCAGCACUUGCAUCAACCUCUUGAAAUUACCAGAGUAUUCUACUAAACUUGAGUUAAAGGACCGCUUGAUGGUUGCUCUUCAGUGUGGUAGCCAAGGAUACACCAUGGCGUAGUCAUGGAUACUUGUGGCUCUUCCAUGUGGUAGCCAAGGAUACCUUAUGGCGUUAUCAUGGAUACUUGUGGCUCCUCUGUGUGGUAGCCAAUGAUACAGUAUAGUGUAGUCAUGGAUACUAUCGCCAUGGAGAACAAGUGUCCCCAUGUGUCAUUAUAGAUCAUCCUGUUUAAGACAAAGUCCAAUCGUGCUAUAAGAAUGCAAUAUCUUAAUUUUACAAUGCUAGAAUUUUAUUUUGUUCCAAUGCUGUUACUCAUGGAGUUUUUGAUUUUGUGCUAUAUGAUUAUUUUCCAUACAAUUAUAGCAUGCCAUUAUAGUUUUGCACAUUUCAUGCAAGAAUCAGUAACCAUAAGCAAUGGUAAUUUUCCAACCCAGAAAUUCAGUUAAAGCUACCUUUUGAAGUUCUUAAUACUUAGCAAUGCAUGUUUGUUCCAGUUUUUAGCUCACCUGAGCUAUAAACUCAAGUGAGCUUUUCUGAUCAUCAGUUGUCCCAACUUGAGCUGCAUUCAUCUGCCUGUCGGUAAACUUUACCAAUUUUGAACUUCUCCAGAACCACAGGGCAAUUUCAUCCAGAACCACUGGGCAAUUUCAUUCAAACUUGCGAAAAGGCAUUCUUGGGUAAAGGGGAUUCAAAAUUGUUCAAAUAAAGGGUUACACCCUUUUCAAAAGGGAGAUAAUCAAGACAUAGUGAAAAUACGCUUGGAUCUUUUAAAAAUCAUCUCUAUAAAUGAACCACAUAUCCGGAAAACACUAAUUUUAUGCUAAAUGCAUAGUCAUGUAGAGCAGAAAGGUCUGUACCCCGGGGGUAGAGGUUCUGACUCCAUGGUGGGGCAAUAUUUGGCAUACAGUCUUUACAGCAUUUAUUCAGUUUAUUUAUUGACAUCACCAUGUUGGCAUACAGUCAAAAUAACAAAACAAAUGACAGAUAACAAAAAGAAAAGAAGAGAAGAGAAAAAAAAAUAUGACACAAUGACUAUAGCAUAUAAUAUAUAUUCAUACGGUUCUCUGCAUAAAGCAUCUAUCUAAAUAAUUACACAAACAUUUUGUAAUAUUAUCAUCACAUGUGUGAACAAUUUCUUUAUUGGGAUCAGUACCACAGUAUAAUUUAUCACUAAAAAUAUCAUAAUUUUGAAAUCGAAGUUUAUCAUACACAGGGCUGUAAAGUACAAAAUGUUUUUCGUUUUCAACAGAUAAUCUACAAGCAUAGCAUACACGUUUUUCCUUCGGAUUAUUGGUUUACAAUAUCUACCUGUUUCAAUAAAUAGUGAAUGUGCACUUGUUCUUGAUUUCGUUGCCUGUGAUCUUUCACACUUUUUCAAAGGAAACUAAGUAAUUCUGCAAUUUAUAUUCAUUACAAUUUAAGAUUUUACUAUAGAAAUAAAGUUUUCCUUGAUUAGAUAAUGAGAUUUUGUUCAACUGUUCAUAGUUCAUGUCGGCAAAAGUUUUAUUAAGCUUACAUCUAAACUCCUUAUGAGAAAUAUUUAAAGAAGUCAAGUUAAGUUUAUGUUGAAGAUUGAAAAUCUUGCUUUGCCAUGAAUUAUAGCUCUUUUUCAGAACUAAUUCUUUGUCCUCUUUAAAAGCUGAUGCUAAAAGCACAUUAUUAUAUGUGGUACUUGAUUCCAAAUCUCUUGAUCUGAUAUAGUAUUUAAACAUGUUUUCAUAACAUAAGUAGUAGAAUGGAUAAGAACCCAAUUCAGCAUUGACUGCUAAGUUUUAUGUUUUUCUAUGUACACCUAGAAUAUCUUUGAGAAUAUGAUUUUGUUUUUUCAAAUGGAAAACAUUCUGGGGAUUUAACAUCUAAUUUAUAGUCUGUAAUCCAUAUUUCAGAUCCACAUGUUAUAAUUGGUACAAUCAUUGAUUGGUAUAAUUAGAGUAACACAUGUUAUAAUUGGUACAAUCAUUGAUUGGUAUAAUUAGAGUAACACAUGUUAUAAUUGGUACAAUCAUUGAUUGGUAUAAUUAGAGUAAAACUUGGACUGAAAGAUUGUUGUUUCCAGGUAUACUUGAUUUCAAUGCGUAAUAUGCCUUUUAGCACGUUCUGAAAGUUGUUCAGAAGCAAACUUCAGUUUUCCAUUUGAUGUAAAUACAAGUCCUAAAUAUUUAUAUUAAUCUGUUAUACUGACAAUGUUAUGCUUAUAAUAAAAGCCAUAUACAUAUCUUUCACUGAUGCACGUCUAGAUAAAAUCAUUGCAUUGGUUGUUUUUUUUUCCAUAUAAUUAUUCACUUGUAACUUCCACACUGUACAAUAUUUUGCUAAAGCAUUCAGACAAUGUUGAAGUCCAGAUGAAGAUUAAAAAAUUAAAACUAAGUCAUGAGCAAAAAUCAUGACUGUAUUGGUUGGUAUCGUCGCUGUCGGACAAGUAGUAUUGUGGAGUCCCACUCAUGACAUUUCUUCUCUUUUAUCCACUCUCGUGUUGGGCACCAAAUGUACUGACAGCUCCUUUAUAACUUUUUGUGCUUUAUGUAUUUCUUCAGACUGCUUGUUUAUUUCAGUUACCAUAGCUUCUAUUUUAUAGUCUUUUUCUUUCUCUUUGUCUUUGAGCGUUUGAAUAAUCCUUGUGUGUUCCUUUUUUCUUUGCUGAAGUCUUUGAAGUUUUUUUUCCAAAAUACAUACACAACCGUCAUUGCUGUUUUAGUCUUCCUUCAACCACACUUAAAAAUUCUACAUUUGUUUUUCAAGUUUUGUGAUUCGUUCUUCACUAAUUGCCACAUGUUGUGAUGGCUUGCUCUCCAUUGAUUUGAGGUGUUCACAGGCUUUUGCUUCAAAUGCUUGAAUCAGUAUUUGUACAUCUUGUCCCUUCUUUGGUGAAGGUUGUAGGAUGCGAGGAGAGUGAUAGUUAAUAUGCUCUCCAUUGAUUUGAGGUGUUCACAGGCUUUUGCUUCAAAUGCUUGAAUCAGUAUUUGUACAUCUUGUCCCUUCUUUGGUGAAGGUUGUAGGAUGCGAGGAGAGUGAUAGUUAAUUCUAGAUCCUCAGAUGUGAGGUCCAGCGGUUGGAAUGAAUUGUUUGUUAUUUCAUCAACAAUGGUCUUUAGAUACUCGAAUUCCUCUUCAAUCCACUAUUCAUAAAAACUUCCCAGAAUAGUUGCCAGAUAUGUAGUAGAGUAAACAUGAAUAGUAAUUAAUUUUUCCGUUUCCUCCUCUUUAUUGCCUGUAUUUGAGCAUGUUGAAAGCUUGAUCAUCACUUCAUCCACUUCAUUUUCAUUGAGCUGAUCAAUCCAAUUGCAAAUAAAAGCUUUUUUCCUUACUGAACUGGUAGUGGUAUCGGUACGCUUUCAAUCAUGACUUUAGUCGGUCUAUACUGUUUAUUUUGAGGCUUGCCAUUCUCAUGUCGGGUUCGUAAAGGUAUUUGUCAAUGUCUUCAAUUUUGGCGUUAGAGGCUUUGCCUGUUGGUUUUCUAAGACAUUUUGGAAUAGUAUAUUUUUCGAAGUCUAUGACAGAUGACCAAUAAUUUUAAGAUACUACAUUAUUUAUGUCUUGUUUGUUGAUUGGUCAAAUGUCACCAUUUUGUCGAACGAAACACAAUUGUUUUCUUUGCAGGUAAUAGUGGUACUAUUUUCUAUUCUACCACUUAUAUAAUGUUUACUGGUGCCCAGAGUACUGAUCAAAACUACUUACAGGUUGUCAAAUGCCCACUGUGACGAUUUAUAUAACAUCUUCUUUAAUGCUAGCCUAUUGAAUAUAUUAAAUUAAAACUAGAUAUAUUCAGAAGAUGCAGGUAUCCCUAUACCAGAAUUGUUUCAUGAUCCCAGGGGUAGGAGUUUUGAUAACCAGGGUGGGGCUAAAAUGGUCAAAAUGAUUAAAUGUCUUAAUCAGUUGAGAGGCUACUUUAAUUUUGCUUUUACUAUAUAAAAAUUAAAUGCAUAUUAAGGAGAAGCAGAAAGGGAUGUAACAAAAUUGUUCAUUUUGCAACCCAAGGGUUCUGACCCUAGGGCAGAUCCAAAAUAGUCAUAAAGUGUUAAUACAUGUAUAACAUAUAUAUUAUGUAAAGUCUUUCAUCAGUAUGGGCACAUUUGGGGGCAUUUGUGUUUUAAGAACACAUCUUGUUUUAUACUGCUGCUGAAUAUUAGAAUUUAGCUUAGAUAUGCAGAACAGAAAAAUCGUUCUAGAUUUCAUAGCCCUUGAGGCUAGUGAUACUUUUAACUAAUAUUCAGGUGACCAAUAAGGCCUGUGGGCCUUUUGUUUUUCUUUUCUUUUUUAAUUGUUAUGAAACACCUUUACACUUAAAGUCUGUGGAUCAAAUAUGUAUUACUUUUCGAUCACACUUACAAAAUAUUUCUACUGUGAUAUAUGAACAUGAUCUCUAUGCUAUACAGUUGUAACUGGGAUACAUAUUUUAUUAUAAUACUGCCUUUGAAUUCAAACUUUUGUACUACAUGUAUAUGUUAAUUAAGAGUUCUGAAAUCCAUUGAAUGAUCUUUUAUUUAGUAAUAGUACACUUUUAUUUUUAAAGGGAGAAUAAAGGAUCUCUAAAAUUAAUAUUUUUAUUAAGAAAACAUACUGGUGGUGUUAUCAGAUAUGUUAAAUGUGUCUAUUGUUACUGAGUACUAUGCAUGUUACCACAUGGUACUUUUUUUUGCAUAAAAUGCACUACAUAUUUAAAUUAAAUAAACGUAUUUUUAAAGUAA